UACACAUAACAACAAUGAUCGUGUUGUUAGUUGAUUGUGGUCACGGUGGUUCUACUUCUUAUUAAUAUUAUCUCUAAUGUAACACCUAUUACCACCAAAAACUUCAGCUGCCUACACGCUCUGGACGACAUGGUGUCGACAACUGUCCUACAUUACUGUGCACAAAGGAUGAAUAGACGCUGGCAAUGACGAACUGAAAAAAAUGGAGGAGUUUAGAAACACCUAUUUGCAGCUAUGCAAGGCACACAAUGUCGAUGCACAGGAUUGUGUGCUAGAUGCAAUGACGAGGUCCUCGGCUGUAAAUCAAAACAGUGGCAUUAUUUUGGAUCUGUCAACCAAUGGGCUCACAGCGGCUACGUGUCAAAUUCUAGGCAAAGUGCUUUCGUCGAGCCGGAAUAUACAGGGCCUGCACCUAAACGACUGCAUGCUACCUGAACCAGGAGUGGUGGCGAUCGCUCGCGGACUGAUGUCUACUGCCUCGCUGACAACGCUGUCUCUGAAGGGGAACAACAUUCGUGGUGCCGGUGCCGUGUCUCUCGCUGGACUCCUACGCACUAACAAACACCUGAAAACUUUGUUGCUGGAGUGGAACGUGUUGGGGAUCCUCGAUAACUCGUUCGCGACCUUCGCAGAAUCUCUCGGGGUCAAUGCUACGCUCGAGCGACUCGACCUUCGCAGCAACCAGCUGUCGCACGACUGCGCCGCCGAGCUAGCGUCUGCUCUCCGACGCAACACGAGUCUCCUCACGCUGGAUCUGCGAUGGAACAACGUCGGCAUCACCGGCGGACGCGCGCUGCUCGUUGCCAUGGAAACGAACAAGACUCUGACGAGGAUGGACGUUGCCGGCAACGGCAUCCCGGCGGAUGUCGUCGCCGCGUUGCAGACGCUCGUCGCCGCCAACGCCGACCGGCGCGCCCUGUCUGCUAGAGCGUCCCACGACCUGGAAGCAUUAGAGAAGGCGUGUGCGGAGAAGGUGGCGCGACUGGAGAGGUGCAGGGAGGGGCUGGAGGAGCAGCUCAGCGACAUGAGAAGCCAGUUUCACCAGGAGAAGGUCUCGCACGACGAACAGACGCAGGAGGUCCGGAUGAGGGUGCGCGCAGAGGAGAGCGAGAAGCAGCACCACCUGCUGGAGAGAAUCCGUCACCUGGAGCAGGCGAGGGUGGAGCUUGAGACUCACGCGGCGCAGCAGAUGGGCGUCGUAGAUCAGCUGCAGACUAAGAACAGCGCCAUCUCUCUGGAGAAGGAGGUGGCGCUGGAUGAGCGGCGCUCGAUCGUCGGAUCGCUGACGACGCAGCUGCACGCGACCGAGACGAGUCUCGUUGCCGCGGAAACCACCGCCGGCGACCUCUCCGCGAAGCUGAGGAAGCGGGAGGAGGAGGCGGUCGCCGCGGCGACGCAGCAUCGCGUCGAGGUCGCGGCGGCGCGGGAGGAGAGGGAGAAGCUGGAGGGAGAACUGCUGGCACGCGUCGCUGCGACGACAGAGAGGUGCGAGCGCGCAGAGAGGAAGCUGGAGGAGACGGGGAGGAGGUACGAGCUGGAGCGGGGGCAGGCGUGCGCGCUGAAGGAGGAGCUGGCGAGCGCGCAGGCCGAGAGGAAGCUGAAGGCGUGCGAGAUGCAGGAGAGACUCCAGCAGGAGAGGAGCCGGGGGAAGCAGACGCUGCAGGAGCAGGAGGAAUUACGGCAGAGAGAGGUAGCUAGAGAGGGGGAGGAGUUAGCUGGUAAGGACAAGGAGUGGCAGACGGAGGUGGGUCGUGUGAAGCUGACAGUGAAGGAGCAGAAGGCAAUGCUAGAGGACCAGGCAGGUCAGCUGAGACAGCUAGAGCAGCAGAAAUCUACUCUAGAGAAGAAACUAGCGGAUCAGGAGAGGAAGCACAGGGAGGACGUGGAGGAGAAGGACAACGCCGUGAACAGGCUGCAGGAGAAGCUGCGACGGGCGGAGGCGGAGAUGGGCGGGAUGAGGGAGGAGGAGGCACAGCGAGCCACCAUGCUGCAGAACGCUGUCCUCUCCUACGUCACCGCUGUCAAGUCACACCAGGCGAAAUAAGUCCCUCACUCUCUCACGCGUGCGCAGUACCAGGCGAAAUAAGUCCCUCACUCUCUC